UGAGGGGUUAUAUGUAAUUUUCCUUUUCUUCUUAAUUUCGAAACUGUAAGGAAGCUAGGGUUUAUCAAAAAUGGAGACAGCCAAAGACACCGUACAAAACGACGUCGUUUUGCGCUCCGACGACGAUACUCCGACGCUAAGUUCUUACGCUUUAGAAGCACUAAAAGCGUUCCUCGCGGAACAGAACGGAGCACUAGUUGAAGAUGACGUGGCGGAGCAGGCGGCGGAGGAUGACGUGGCACUGGUGUCGGAGGAUUGGCGGCUAAGCCAGUUCUGGUAUGACAGAGAAACAGCUGAAACUGUUGCUAAUGAAGUGCUGGAGCUUUGCCGGUCGAUUGAUUCGCCGGCCGUUGCUUGCAUUGCUUGCCCCACGCUUUACGCUUAUCUCAAGAAAAUUGACCCUAAUGUACCAGCACAACUUCUUGAGUAUGACAAACGGUUUGAACAGUAUGGAAGUGAGUUCACAUUCUACGACUACAAACAACCAGAAGACCUUCCUUCAUCAUUGAAACAUUCAUAUCCAAUAAUUGUUGCAGAUCCUCCUUACCUGAGUCAGGAAUGCUUGGAGAAAACUGCUCAAACAAUUUCUUUUCUCAUGAGACCAGGACAACCUUACUUGCUUUUACUCACAGGUGAAGUGCAAAGGGAUAGGGCUUCAGAGCUCUUGGGUUUACGUCCAUGCGCUUUUAGGCCACAUCACUCCAGCAAACUAGGCAAUGAGUUUCGACUGUUUACAAACUAUGACCCAGGGACAAGGCUAGGUGGCUGGGAACAGACGUAGCAAACACUUCUCCAAUUGGAAAUCUUUAGGUUGACAUUGGUUUGUUGUGAUAGAAGCUUUUUCGAACAUACUUCAAGUUUCGCAUCUUUUCAUGAAAUAUUAUCUCUAAACCUUCUUCAGUUACCUAAACAUACCUAAAAGAGCAAAAAUAUCAGAAUGAUAUAGUUGUAUUCUGGUUUCUCGUUCAGUUUUUUGUUUCCUUAUAUGGGGGCCAUUUUGAGGUGCCGGAAAACCUAUUGUCUGUGCAACUUGUGAAAUUUUGUCAGUUUUUACCUCUGUUCUGCCUUCCA